AUGCUUUUCCUACUGCAGCCACGGCUCCUCUUGUUUAUGCCGCUAUGCAUUUUUAGUGCACUCACUUGGGCGCAGGAGCGCAACGUUAUCCUCGAGACAUUCGACUUUCUGCGCCGCGGCCAAAUUGACGCCGAUCUGGAAAACUAUGACAACAGUCUGCGAAUGGAAAGUGAAUAUGACUUCAUUGUCGUGGGCGCAGGUACGGCAGGAUGCACGAUCGCAGCGCGUCUCUCGGAAAAUCCCAAAUGGAAAGUGCUUCUACUCGAAGCCGGCGGCCCAGAGAGUCUCAUAAUGGAUGUGCCGAUUGUCGCACAUUUUCUGCAGCUGGGCGAAAUGAAUUGGAAAUAUCGCACACAGCCCUCGGAUCACGCUUGUUUGGCCAUGAACAACAACCGCUGUAAUUGGCCGCGAGGUAAGGUCAUGGGCGGUUCAUCGGUGCUCAAUUAUAUGAUGUAUACUCGUGGUAAUCGACGAGACUACGACCGUUGGGCAGAGUUGGGCAAUAUAGGGUGGAGCUGGCGUGAUGUGUUGCCCUAUUUUAAGAAGUAUGAAGGCUCGAGUGUGCCUGAUGCUGAUGAGGAUUUGGUGGGGCGUGAUGGACCUGUGAAGAUUUCGUAUGUCAACUGGCAUUCGAAGAUAGCCGAAGCCUUCUUGGAAGCAGCUCAGCAGGACGGUUUGGAGCGGCGCGACUACAAUGGACACAUACAAAACGGCGUCAGCUUCUUGCACACCACCACACGUAAUGCAACGCGUUGGAGCUCAAAUCGCGCCUAUCUGUAUCCGCUUAAGGGCAAACGUCGCAACUUGCACGUGAAGAAAUUCGCUUUGGUCACAAAAGUACUCAUCGAUCCGACAACGCGUGCCGCUUAUGGCAUAAUUGUGCGCACCGACGGGCACGAACACAAAAUUCUGGCGCGUCGUGAGGUGAUUGUCAGCGCUGGUGCCAUUAACACGCCACAACUACUCAUGCUUUCCGGUGUUGGUCCAGCCCAACAUUUGCGCGAAAUGGGCAUUAAAACGAUUGUGGACUUGGCGGUUGGCUUCAAUCUGCAGGAUCACACAGCGCCUGCCGUCACCUUCACAACCAACGCGACAUCGCUGCAUUUCGAGGACUUUGCUGAUCCAACGCUGGUGAAUCAAUUCAAUCGACAAGAAGGUCCCUACGGCUCGCCAGGAGGCUGUGAAGCUAUCGCAUUCUGGGACUUGGAUCAUCCGCAUUUAAAGGAUGGCUGGCCAGAUAUCGAAUUGUUCUUGGUGGGCGGCUCAAUGUCCUCAAACCCAGCUAUCUCACGUGGUUUUGGCCUCAAAAAACUCAUCUACGACUCCAUGUUCGCGGAAAUUGAAGAUAAAGCACUUAACGCUUUUAUGAUCUUCCCCAUGAUACUGCGACCCAAGAGCCGUGGACGCAUCAUGCUAAAGAGCACUGAUCCACAGAAAUAUCCACUCAUCUACUCCAACUACUACGCACAUCCCUAUGACGUGGAUAUUUCCGUACGUGGUGUACUAAAAGCAAUCAGCCUGGCCAAUUACCCAGGCUUCAAGAAAAUCAAUGCUAAGCUGUGGGAUCGCAGAAUACCUACGUGCAAGGGUCGUGAGUUCGGAACUCGCGAAUACUGGGAGUGCCAUGUGCGGCAUUUUACCUUCACAAUCUAUCACUACUCGGGCACGGCGAAAAUGGGGCCGGCAACAGAUCCUGCGGCUGUGGUGGAUCCGAGAUUACGUGUAUAUGGCAUAAGAAAUCUGCGUGUAGCGGAUGCAAGCAUCAUGCCAGAAAUCAUGUCGGGACAUCCGAAUGGACCGGUUUUCAUGAUUGCCGAGAAGGCGGCGGAUAUGAUCAAAGAAGAUAAUGGUUUUAAGCAGUGACAAAGGCGAAAGGAGUAUGAAGUGUAGAAUGUAUUUAAGUGCCAAGAUUUCCAAAUGUGGGCAACUAGGAAUAAUAAGAAUGUGUGGAACAAUUAGUCUAAGGUGAAAAUAUAAUUUAAUUAAUUUAAUUUAAUUGUAAGUAAACAAACUAUGGCCAAGUGAACUAAUAUAAUGAGAAAUAAUUUAAGUGGAAAAUAAUUUAUAAUUUAUAGCUAGUGUAAUGUACAAGACAAGC